GCUGUGAGCUCUAUGGGCGGGCACGGUUGGAGUGAGGGCGCGGCGUUUAGGUAAAGUGCAGGAGCUGGUUGGCCGGGAGCAAUGCGAGGAGGACACUGAUUGGUUGCAGUCGCCAACGCCAGUGUUGAUGCCCACGACGCUGGUGCUGCGGACUCCGCGACCCGGCUGUGCACCCGGUGGGUCAUGGUGCUGGGUCUCGGGCCGCGGUGCGUCCAGAGCCUGUCAGCGCUGGGAGCCGCCUGCGCGCGCCGCGGUCUGGGUCAGGCCCUACUGGGAAUCUUACUGUAUCACACAGACUUCAGAAAGAGUCUGACUGUGGAGCAAGACAUGAUGAAGGUUGAGCUACUGCCUGCCCUGACUGACAACUACAUGUACCUGGUCAUUGAUGAGGACACCCAGGAGGCUGCCAUUGUAGACCCAGUGCAACCCCAGAAGGUUAUAGAAACUGUGAAAAAGCACCGUGUAAAGCUGACCACAGUGCUCACCACUCACCACCACUGGGACCAUGCUGGUGGGAAUGAGAAGCUGGUGAAACUGCAGCCUGGACUGAAGGUUUACGGAGGUGAUGACCGCAUUGGGGCCUUGACGCACAAAGUCACACACCUUUCCACACUGCAGGUGGGGUCUCUCACUGUCAAAUGCCUGUCAACACCCUGCCAUACUUCGGGACACAUCUGUUACUUCGUGAGCAAGCCAGGCAGCUCAGAGCCCUCUGCUGUGUUCACGGGUGACACAUUGUUUGUUGCUGGCUGUGGGAAGUUCUAUGAAGGAACUGCGGACGAGAUGUACAAGGCGCUGCUCGAAGUCUUGGGUCGGCUCCCUCCAGACACAAAAGUCUACUGUGGCCAUGAGUACACCAUAAACAACCUCAAGUUUGCACGCCAUGUGGAACCCAGCAAUGCUGCCAUCCAGGAGAAACUGGCCUGGGCCAAGUGCCCAUGGAGGCCAGAAGAGGCCAUCAGAAGCCCUGGAAUCAGAGUCACAGGUGGUUACAAGUUCCCGUGUGGGUGCUGGGAACUGAACCCAGGUCCUCUGCAAGAGCAGCAGCUGCUGAGCCGUCUCCCCAGCCCCACCAGUCGCCCUUAUCCUAUAGCAGAAUCAUGAUCUCCCUCAGUUCUCCCCGUUCUUGCUCAGCCUCAUCCUGAGGCCUGUCCCCAAAGCUGGUUUUGUUUCUGAGUACAUCCUGUAUUAUGUGGCUCACUGCAGGAGUUCGUCCAUUGUCUGUGGGUGAACUCUCUGUGUGCUUUUCUGUGUUUUUAGGGUUAUGAAUAAAGGUGUUGUGAAUGCUUGUGUGCAUCCUUUUGU